GGCCCCCGGAAUCUUCUAUUGACGGGACUCUUUGGGUCGGCGGCAUCGAUGUUUGCAUUCGGCAGCUUAAACUCCACUGCGACCUUGUUAUUUUUCAUGAUGCUCAAUGGAUCAUUCCAGGCACUCUUGUGGCCCAACUGUGUUAAAUCCGUAGCUCCAUGGAUGAGUCAGUCUGUGCGAGCGAAGUACUACGGUGUCUGGGGUGCCAGUCCAUAUGUGGGCGGUGUACUAGCGACGGCAUUCGCAGUGUACCUACUCGAGAUUGGUGGCUGGAGAAAUUGCUUUCAACUUCCGGCUAUAGUUGUGGCCUUCGUGGGUUUGCUCAAUGUCAUGUAUCUCAGAUCUCCAAGUGAGGUGGGUGUGGCGGCACCGAACCCAUCUGCAGCCACGAGCAAGAAGAUUGGUUCACAAACAACGAAUAGCAUCUCAACAGUAGAGGCCAUGACAAUUCCUGGGGUACCGGCCUCUAGUCUCAGUUUCUUUUUCAUCAAGCUCACGCGAUACGCCCUUAUGAUGUGGCUGCCACUGUAUCUCACAAAGGUAGUGCACCUCCCUGAGGACACUGCCGGGUUUCUGUCACUGUGUUUCGAAGUUGGCGGCGCUAUCUCCGCUCCGUUCGCUAUGCCUGUGUGUUCAUACUUUGUGAACGGUCGCUUAAUCCGGGGAGUGGCAAUCUACCAGGUCACUAUGGGGGUGAUUCUGGUAGUAUUCAUUCUGACAUCCUCCUACGGGAGUCUGAUGGUCAUGGCGCUGUGUAUAGGUAUCGCAGGAGUGUGUUCUAAUUCGUGCGACAUGUUGCUGAGUGGGCCCAUAGCAACAGACUUUGGCGAGAUCGAUGGCAUGAAUGUUCAGGCAACUGUGGCCGGCCUCAUUAAUGGAGUGGGCUGUCUGGGCAGUGUGCUGCAGGGCUUGGUCAUUGGUGGUGUCUCCGACACUUACGGAUGGGAGUAUGUUUUCUACUUUAUUAUUCUGCUCUCAUUUGCCGCUGCCGCGGUGCUCGUGCCAGCAUUCCCUGUCGACGAUCGGAUACAGAUGAAAAAAACCAUACAACUUCCAUGAUGCAAUUAGUAGGCUGCUUCUAUUGAAAAGAGAUAUAUAUAUAUAUACAUAUAUAAACUCUGUUCAUAGUGAGUCUCCACGCAGUAGCUAGUACAUUGUUACCACAGGGAUGGUAUCGGGAACGGGCUACGUGGGUGGGGACGUAGUUCUUCGGCUCGUUGCUUGCCUUUUAGAUUUGAUAAGCAUCGCGUUCAAUAACGACCAACAUCCAACGUCUGUCAUGUGUUCAGAAGGACAGUUGAGCUGAAAUUCGUAUAAUGAUAAUGCAGAGGCUGAAACAUACCCUUCUGCCUGUUGUAGGAGGCUAUGGUAACUACAUUGCAUAUGCAAUACCUGCUCAGCGAAUGGUUGGCUAAUCUGAGGUGGCAUUUUAUAGUGUUUUUGACGCCGAAGUUGCUAUAGACUUGAAUACACGUUUUCGAUGGAUGGGCUUGAUCUUAGCUAUCUUUUGAGCGUGGCUUUUUG